AUGGCAAUCUCGAUGCGCGUUGGCGUAGUUCCAUUUGGGGUGGCAGAGGGCGACUUGAACAGAGAUGGCCACAGCGGCGAUAACUCGGUCAGCGUUUUUCUGGGAACUGGAUCAGGGAAACUCCAAUCACAGAUUACAUUCAGCGUGGGCUCAAUUCCGUAUGAGAUUGCGUUGGGUGACUUCAACAAAGACGGCCACAUUGAUAUUGUGACUGCGAAACAAGACAUGCAGGCCAGCAGUAAUGACACAGUGAGUGUCCCGCUCGGACCGGGAUCAGGGGGCUUUCAGACUCAGGCCGUAUUCGGGGUCAGGGAAACACCAAUUUCUGUUGCAGUGGGAGUCUUCGAUAAAGACGGCAAUCCUUAUAUUGUGGCCACAAAUGCCGUAAGCAAUACCGUCAGCGUUUUGCUCGGGAAUGGAGCGUGGGACUUCCAAACGCAGGUCACGUUCGACGUGGGAAUGUCGCCAGUAGACGUUAUAGCUGACAACUUCAAUGGAGAUGAUUAUCUGGAUAAUUUGGUUGGCAAUGUUGGUGAGAAUACCGUGGGCCACUUGCUCGGGAAGCCUUGUGAUUCUUAA